AUGAAUCGGCAACAGGCGGCCGAGAAGGCUUUACACGACCAGACCAAUAUCCUCCCCAUUGGGCAACUGCUGGUUGUCUUCUCUGGCCUGGCAGUCUCUCUGCUCAUUACUUUUGUCGAUCAAAAUGGUAUCAGCGUCACACUUCCUACGAUAGCCCGCGACCUCAAUGCCCAGGAUACGAUCUCCUGGGCAGGAACCUCGUCUUUGAUUGCGAAUACCAUGUUCACAGUGCUGUACGGUCGACUUUCUGAUAUAUUCGGUCGAAAGAUUGUCUAUCUCUGUGCGUUAGCACUUCUCUGUGUCGCUGACUUGCUUUGCGGCCUUUCCCAAAAUGCCCCCAUGUUCUACGUUUUUCGAGGGUUGGCUGGCGUUGCAGGUGGCGGCGUCACGUCGCUGACCAUGAUCAUCGUCUCGGAUAUCGUCACCCUCAGGGAGCGAGGCAAGUAUCAGGGCAUUCUGGGAGCAGCUUUGGGUCUUGGAAACGUCAUUGGCCCGUUCGUCGCUGCAGCUUUUGUCAUGGACUCGACCUGGCGAGGAUUCUUCUGGCUCUUAUCUCCACUGGCGGCGUGUUGCAUCAUCGUCGGAUAUAUUCUCAUCCCCAACAAUUCCCGGAAGGAUAGUUUCCGGAAAAAUGUCCGCAAGAUUGACUUCUGGGGCGUUCUCGCCUCGUCAAUCGGCAUCAUUUUCUUGUUGAUCCCCAUCUCUGGGGGUGGGUCCUAUUUCAAUUGGGACUCGCCUAUGGUUAUCAGCAUGCUCACUAUUGGAGGCUGCGCCAUCCUCGCCUUUAUUGUGAUUGAAUGGAAAGUGGCGGUGCUGCCUAUGCUUCCAGUGGUGUUCUUCAAGAACAAAGUGCUCUGUGCUCUGUUUCUGCAGAGUUUCCUUCUUGGUGCUGUGUAUCAGUCUUACCUAUACUACUUGCCUUUGUAUUACCAAAACGCUCGCGGAUGGUCUCCAAUUGUGUCUGCUGCGUUGACUGCACCCAUGGUAGCUUGCCAGUCACUUGCAUCGAUCACCUCCGGACAGUACAUCUCACGCAUGAAGCGUUAUGGAGAGGUGAUCUGGGCUGGCUUUUUCAUGUGGACAUUGGGUGCUGGUUUGAUGCUACUAUUUGAUCAGCAUACUAGCCCAGGUGCUAUUGCUGUUAUUGUCGGCAUUGCUGGCAUUGGCGUCGGCUGGACCUUCCAGCCGACCAUGAUCGCUUUCCAAGCCCAUGCUACUAAAUCACAACGAGCCGUUGUGAUUUCAGACCGGAACUUCUUCCGUUGUAUCGGGGGUGCCUGUGGCUUGGCGGUCUCCGCAGCCCUACUCCAGGCCACCCUACGAUCCAACCUCCCAGCCGGGUAUAAGGACGUUGCGGAAUCAUCGUACACGCUUCCGUCCCGGAACGGUAUCUCAGAUUCCGAUUGGGAGCAGAUUUUGGCAGCUUACGUGAAGGCAUCCCACUCUGUGUUCAUCUUGCAGGUUCCACUGAUCGGAACGUGCCUUCUUGCGUGCCUGUUCCUUCGGGACCGAGGUUUGGAGCGACCGAAGGAUCCGCAUGAGAUCGAGGAGGAGAAGAGACAAGAAGAGGAAAAGCGGAGACAGGAGGAAGCCCGAGAGCAGGAAGAGCAACGGGUUGCUGGUCAGGAUGUGGAGGCUCAGGUUCCGCCCCCACCUGAGUCAGUCGAGGGCGGUCAUUCUAUCACAUAUCCUAUUGAUGUCGAAAAGAAGGAACGAGAACAACAGGGGCCAAGGGACGAAAAAGGGUAUCGCGUUGUGGCGCUUAGUUGA